AUGAAUACAAGCAAGAGCGAGACAGUGAAAGAGCAUCCGUUAAAACCCUCUAGAAGAUCUAUGCCAUGCCUAGCCCAGAGCCAAACGCAUCCUCAGAGUCUGAGCAAGCAUUCUUCGUUUCUGCAGCCAAAUCGUGUGCAGCCACAGCCCCGGCCUCAGCCUCUAAGUGCAGGGACAUCUACAGCUACUGUGGAUGUCGUGUCAGAACGAGCCAAAGUGAUGGAGACUUUGGAAAACAACUUGCUUAAGCUCUCUAGUACAGAAUACAGCGAUGCAUUUUUAGACAUAGGAAAGGACAAAGACACGUACACAGAUGAUUCAGAACAUGGAAAUUAUGAUGCUCGUACAGAUCAGUCAUUGCUUAUUCAAAACAAGCUUACCAGACAAAAAACAGAACCUCGAACUAAAUCAUCUUUAAAGACUGAUGCCAUGGCAUCAUCAGGCCUCUUCUUCAAAGAUGGCAAAAAACGCAUUGAUUACAUCUUGGUCUACAAGAAGUCAAGUCCGCAGGUAGAAAAAAGAAGCACGUUUGAGAAGAAUUUGAGAGCAGAAGGGUUAAUGUUAGAACGAGAGCCAGCUGUUACAAACAGCGAUAUCAUGUUUGUUAAAAUUCACUGUCCGUGGGAGACAUUGUGCAAAUACGCAGAAAGAAUGAACAUCAGGAUGCCCUUCAGGAAAAAAUGUUAUUACACUGACUGGAGGAGCAAAACCAUGGGCAGUUUGCAGAGGAAUAUGAGAGAGCUGAAAAGUUGGUUGCCCAGAAAUCCAAUGAAGCUUGAUAAGGAGGCCCUACCUGAUCUGGAAGAAACAGAUUGCUACACAGCACCCUUUAGCCGUGCACGCAUACACCAUUUUACCAUAAACAACAAAGACAGCUUCUUCAGCAAUUCCACAAGAAGUAGAAUUGUGCAUCACAUGCUACAGAGAACUAAGUAUGAAGAUGGAAAGUCCAAAAUGGGUAUUAAUAGAUUACUAAAUAAUGGAACAUAUGAAGCAGCAUUUCCACCACAUGAGGGAAGCCACAAAAGCAGACAUCCCAUCAAAACACAUGGAGCUCAGAAUCACAGACACCUCUUAUAUGAGCGUUGGGCACGGUGGGGAAUGUGGUACAAAUACCAACCUCUUGAUUUAAUCAGGCGAUAUUUUGGUGAAAAAAUUGGACUGUAUUUUGCCUGGUUGGGGUGGUAUACUGGAAUGCUUAUUCCUGCUGCCCUGGUUGGGCUCUUUGUUUUCCUUUAUGGAUUAUUUACGAUGGAUUCCAGCCAAGUAAG